GUUCGUGGGCCGUGGAGACCUUUCAUAGCACGGCGACCUUGUCCUCAGAGGGUGUCUGCGGUUUGUGUGAGCUCCGGCUCAUGCACCGUCUCAAUAUUUUCCAGUCCCACCACGGCCACUCUGGCUGGGUGGGCCGUUAUUUUUUGCUAUUUC